ACUUUAAACCAUUCAGCGAAAGCUUCACUAGCAACACAAGACAGCAACAAUGGUGGCGAUCAGAUUCUACACUGUAGAGAUGUCGCUACCGCGUUUAUGUCCAUGCCCAUCAUCGCCUAUUUCUCUUCCAUCGUCUUCUCCGAGAUACCAUCUUCUUAACACAGCGAACAAGAGGCUAGAUUCAUCCAGAAACUGUAGAACUCUGCGGAUUAGUUGUUCAUCUUCCUCUACUGUCACUGACCAAACAGAACAAUCGUCUUUCAACGAUGCUGAGAUGAAACUCAUUGACGCUUUGAUCGGAAUUCAAGGCCGUGGCAAAUCCGCUUCUCCUAAACAACUCAAUGAUGUGGAAUCUGCUGUGAAAGUUCUUGAAGGUUUAGAGGGAAUUCAGAAUCCUACGGAUUCUGACUUAAUCGAAGGUCGUUGGCGAUUGAUGUUCACCACAAGACCUGGAACUGCAUCUCCAAUCCAGAGAACAUUUACAGGAGUAGAUGUGUUCACUGUGUUUCAAGAUGUUUACUUGAAGACAAACGAUCCUCGUGUUUCAAACAUUGUUAAAUUCUCUGACAUCAUUGGAGAACUGAAAGUUGAGGCAGCUGCGUCGAUCAAAGAUGGGAAACGGGUUUUAUUCCGUUUCGAUAGAGCAGCUUUCUCUUUAAAGUUCCUUCCUUUCAAAGUUCCAUAUCCAGUUCCCUUUAGACUUCUUGGUGAUGAGGCAAAAGGUUGGUUAGAUACUACGUAUUUGUCACCUUCAGGAAACCUUAGGAUUUCAAGGGGAAACAAGGGAACAACGUUUGUUCUUCAGAAAGAAACCGUACCUAGGCAGAAAUUGUUAGCCACCAUAUCUCAAAACAAAGGAGUAGCAGAGGCUAUCGAUGAGUUUCUUGCGUCUAAUUCUAAUCCCGCGGAAGAUGAUUACGAGCUUUUAGAUGGAAGCUGGCAAAUGAUUUGGAGUUCACAGAUGUAUACAGAUAGUUGGAUUGAAAAUGCAGCAAAUGGUCUUAUGGGAAGACAGAUCAUCGACAAAGAUGGAAGGAUAAAGUUCGACGUUAACAUCAUCCCAGCAUUUAGAUUCUCCAUGAAAGGCAAAUUCAUAAAAUCAGAAAGCAGUACCUAUGACUUGGACAUGGACGAUGCAGCAAUUAUAGGCGGUGCAUUUGGAUAUCCGGUCGAUAUAACAAACAGGAUCGAGCUUAAAAUUCUGUACGCAGAUGAGAGGAUGAGAAUAAGUCGAGGAUUUGAUAACAUUAUCUUCGUGCACAUCCGAGAAAUUUAGCUGCCUUGUUCUAAGAAAAAAAUUGAACAUAUAAAAAUGUUAGCAUGUAACAAAAGAAACUGUCAAAUGUUUUACAACAAUGGAAGGUGAUUGUUUAAUUUCUCUGGUCAUCUUUAGUUUUUUUUUUUUGAUGUAACAAGAACCAGAAAAAACAAGAAAACCACAUGAGAAUGAUGAUAUAUGUUUCGCUA